UUCCGAUCGCGUCGCUCUACUCGCUCGGGUAGCGGUUGUUAUUGUUACGUGAGGAAAGUCGCAAAUAAAAAGCCGCCACCAUGGACGCGAUUAAGAAGAAGAUGCAAGCGAUGAAGCUUGAGAAGGACAACGCGCAGGACAAAGCCGACACCUGCGAGGGACAGGCCAAAGAGGCAAACCUCCGCGCGGACAAAGUCCUCGAGGAAGUCAACGACCUGCAAAAGAAGCUGCAGCAGGUCGAGGCCGACCUUGUAGCCAACAAGCAGAACUUGGAGCAGGCUAACAAGGAUCUUGAGGAGCGUGAAAAGUCCCUUACCAACGCUGAGUCCGAGGUGGCUGCUUUGAACAGGAAAGUCCAGCUGAUUGAAGAGGACUUGGAACGCUCUGAGGAGCGUCUGGGUACCGCGACGACGAAACUGACCGAAGCUUCCCAGGCAGCUGAUGAGUCGAGCCGUAUGUGCAAAGUAUUGGAGAACCGCAGUCAGCAGGAUGAGGAGAGGAUGGACCAGCUCACGAACCAGCUGAAGGAGGCUCGUCUCCUUGCUGAGGACGCUGACGGAAAGUCCGACGAGGUAUCCCGCAAGCUGGCUUUCGUUGAAGACGAGCUUGAGGUAGCCGAGGACCGUGUCAAGUCCGGAGAAGCCAAGAUCAUGGAGCUUGAGGAGGAACUCAAGGUUGUCGGCAACAGCUUGAAAUCCUUGGAAGUGUCCGAAGAAAAGGCCAACCAACGAGUCGAGGAAUUCAAGCGCCAGCUCAAGACCUUGACUGUCAAGCUAAAGGAGGCCGAAGCUCGUGCAGAAUUCGCCGAGAAGACCGUCAAGAAGCUCCAGAAGGAGGUUGACAGGCUUGAAGACGAUUUGUUCCACGAGAAGGAGAAACACAAAGCAAUUUGCGACGACUUGGACUCGACGUUUGCUGAACUUAGUGCCUACUAAAUAACACGUACACAAUGCAGUAGACCGAUUCCUGAAAUCGCUUCCCAGACACCAAACACGUUUACUUGGCUUCCGCUGUAUAGAACUUGAAACGCGUGUUUGCAGUUUAUUUUUAGUGUUCGGGUAGAAAAAGCAAAAUGAAAAAGAAAAUAAUUGUAGUAUGUCAUUUUACCUCUUCAUUAUAUAUUUUUUUAAAUUUCAUUAAUUGUUAAGACUAAUUCACUAUGAACGAUUUCCAGUUAUGAUCACGUUGACCUUACACGCUGAUAUCGCUGUUACUGCGACGAUUUUUUCCUGACUGACAAUUAGACGAUUGAUGAUAAUUCAUGAAAUAUAGUUAGUUGAGAUUAGUUUAAUUUCGUGACUCGAUCUGUUACCAAGUGCCGUAUUAAAUCGAUCGGUAAAACACUCGGUCUUUACACAAUACGUCACCAUGACAGGAGACGACUCCAACCGUGAAAAUAUACACGAUAUACACUUUCAAUAUUGUUAACACGACACAGCUUUUUAUAGCUUCGCUACAUCUGCAGUCGCAGGCCCAGGUACUUUUGCUCCCUGUAGCUUUAGCGAUAAUUGACGUUUUUAGUUUUUUUAUUUUCUUCAUUAAAAAGCGACGGUAUUCCCCUUCUAACAUUUUUUACUAACGCAGUUACGCGUACAGCGUCGUGACCUGUACUACUGACGAUGCUUGUUGUUUUACUUCUUUAAUUCUUUACUUCCUUCGAAUUUACCUAGACAUAGAAAGUACUAGAGGUUUGAUGGCCAGAUUGAUCCCCGUAGGAUUUAUGCCGUAUGAAUCACCGAAAUUAGAUCGAAUUCACGUGAUGCAUUGCUACCACGAUAUGUAAUCCACGUUUAUAAAUCCUCGCCGAACGCAGUGUUAUGACAUGUGACAACGAUUACUGGGAGAUGAAAUCUGUGAAUGAAGCGAAAAAAGUUUAGCACAAAUCAAAUCAUGUCUCAUUGCCGUUAGAUUCAAAGAUGGAAGCGGACGAUUGUCGCUUGUCGUUGUGCAAAACUUCUUAGUAAUAUUGGAAAUUAUGUGCGGUUGUCGGGGUAACGGAUGUUAUUUAUUUAAUGAAAUAAUGUUUAUCUCGUUACAGACGAACUUGGAAUCAACAAGGACAGA